AUGCUGCCUUGCUUCCAGCUGCUGCGCAUAGGGGGCGGCAGGGGCGGUGAUCUCUACACCUUCCACCCUCCCACCGGGGCUGGCUGCACCUAUCGCUUGGGCCGCAGGGCCGACCUGUGUGAUGUGGCCCUGCAGCCCCAGCGGGAGCCUGGCCUCAUCUCUGGAGUGCAUGCAGAGCUGCACGCGGAGCGCCAGGGUGAUGACUGGAAGGUCAGCCUGGAAGACCACAGCAGCCAAGGAACCUUAGUCAAUAAUGUCCGACUCCCAAAGGGUCACAGGCUGGAGUUGAGCGAUGGUGACCUCCUAACCUUUGGCCCUGAGGGGCCUCCCGGAACCAGCCCCUCCGAGUUCUACUUCAUGUUCCAACAAGUUCGAGUCAAACCUCAAGACUUUGCAGCCAUUACCAUCCCACUGUCUCGGGGAGAAGUGGGAAUUGGGGGUGGUUUCCAGCCCAUGCUGCCCUCUCAGGGGGCUCCACAGCGGCCCCUCAGCACCCUCUCCCUUGCCCCAAAGGCCACACUGAUCCUAAAUUCCAUUGGCAGCCUGAGCAAGCUCCAGCCCCAGCCCCUCACCUUCUCCCGGGGUGGGGGUAGGCCUCAGAGCCUACCCCUUCCCACUCCCUCUGGAGAAGUGGGGACCACCCCUUCUGCCCCACAACCAGCCCCCAGAAACCGGAGGAAAUCAGCUCACCGAGUAUUGCCAGAACUGGAUGAUGAAAGAGGACCUCCUGAGAGCCUCCCACCCAUCCUCAUGGAGCCCAGGAAGAAACUCCGAGGAGAGAAAGGCCCAGUGACCCCCAAUGGAAACCGUCGUGGGCGUCCUCGGAAGCACCCAGUGAGCGCCCCCUUGGCCCCUCCUGCAGUUGGGGUUGGGGAGCCCUGUGCAGCUCCCCGCUGCUGCCUGCCCCAAGAAGAGACAGUGGCCUGGGUUCAGUGUGAUGGUUGUGACACCUGGUUCCAUGUGGCCUGUGUUGGCUGCAGCAUCCAGUCUGCCAGGGAGGCAGACUUCCGAUGCCCAGGGUGCCACGUUGGUAUCCAGGCCUAA